CUGCGGCUGAGGCGUGGCUUCCGCUCGGGCGCCUGAAGGAGACUCGGAGGCGGCCGGGUCGCUGUGCUUGUGCCGGGAGGGAGUCGUGGGCCCUGCUGCCAGCCUCGGUCCAUGAGGAAGAUGCUCGCCGCCGUCUCCCGCGUGCUGUCGGGCGCUGCCCAGAAGCCGGCAAGCAGAGUGCUGGUGGGAUCCCGGAAUUUUGCAAAUGAUGCUACAUUUGAAAUUAAGAAGUGUGACCUUCACCGGCUGGAAGAGGGCCCUCCUGUCACCACUGUGCUCACCCGGGAGGAUGGGCUCCGAUACUACAGGAUGAUGCAGACUGUUCGCCGGAUGGAGCUAAAGGCAGAUCAGCUGUAUAAGCAGAAAAUUAUCCGUGGUUUCUGUCACUUGUGUGAUGGUCAGGAAGCUUGUUGCGUGGGCAUGGAAGCUGGCAUAAAUCCCACAGACCAUCUGAUCACAGCCUAUCGGGCUCAUGGCUUUACCUUUACUCGUGGGCUUUCUGUUCGAGAAAUUCUCGCAGAGCUUACAGGACGCAGAGGAGGCUGUGCUAAAGGAAAAGGAGGAUCAAUGCAUAUGUACGCCAAGAAUUUCUACGGGGGCAAUGGCAUCGUUGGAGCUCAGGUGCCCCUGGGAGCUGGGAUUGCUCUGGCCUGCAAGUAUAAUGGAAAAGAUGAGGUCUGUUUGACUUUGUAUGGCGAUGGCGCUGCUAACCAGGGUCAGAUAUUUGAAGCUUACAAUAUGGCAGCUUUGUGGAAAUUGCCUUGUAUUUUCAUCUGUGAAAAUAACCGCUACGGGAUGGGAACGUCUGUUGAGAGAGCAGCAGCCAGCACGGAUUACUACAAGAGGGGCGACUUCAUUCCUGGGAUGAGGGUGGAUGGAAUGGAUGUCCUGUGUGUCCGGGAGGCAACAAAGUUUGCAGCUGCCCAUUGUAGGGCUGGAAAGGGGCCUAUUCUAAUGGAGCUGCAGACUUACCGUUACCAUGGACACAGCAUGAGUGAUCCUGGAGUCAGUUACCGUACCCGAGAGGAAAUUCAGGAAGUGAGAAGUAAGAGUGACCCCAUCAUGCUUCUCAAGGAUAGAAUGGUGAACAGCAAUCUUGCCAGUGUUGAAGAAUUAAAGGAAAUUGAUGUCGAAGUGAGGAAAGAAAUUGAGGAUGCUGCCCAAUUUGCUACAGCUGAUCCUGAACCACCUUUGGAAGAACUAGGCUAUCACAUCUACUCCAACGAGCCACCUUUUGAAGUUCGGGGUGCCAAUCAGUGGAUUAAGUUUAAGUCCAUCAGUUAAUGGGACACUGCAUGUAAUGGAUGGUUACAUCUUCAGUGGGCUGACAGCAACUGUAAGGAGCUCUUGUUCUCACCCAUAGGAUAUAUGUAGAUUAAGGUAGUAAUUGCAUGCAGUUUAUACAUAGGUCUAAAUAGGUAACAGACUUUGCUUAACUUUCUCAGAUUAUUUCCUUAAAACAAUUCUAUUUAAUCUUGUUUGUAUACUAUUUUAACAGGUACUUUUUAGUUACUGAAAGGAAAAACAAUUCUUUGUAUGCCUGUCCAAUUCUGCUACUUUAUUGUUGGUGGGGGGGCUCAUUCCCCUGUCUGGCCCCAACCUCACAGCUAACAACAGCGCACAUUAAUGCACACACACACACACACCUGUAAAACAACAUUUACCAUAACCAGGCAGUGGGUAGAAGGACAGUUCCAUUUUUAAAUAGGACUACUUCACAAUCAUUUCAAAGGUCAAAUAACUUAAAGUGCAAUUAACCAGUUACUGUUAACUUAUAACCUAAAACAGUGAUUCCCAGCCUUUUUGCUAAAACACCCAUUGUUUUAUCUUUGCAGCUAGUGCUAUAUAGGGUGUGCUGGUGUUUUUCAUUGAAGCAAAUUAAAAUUCAUUUUUAAGAAUUCCAUAAUACUCGAUGUCAGAACUGUGGCUCACAUUACUGUCCUCACAAUACAUACCGUUCUACUCACCUUUAAAAUGUUGAUAAAACAGAGACAUAAAACAUGAAAGCCAGUGAAAACAUUUUAUUAACUAUUUAGAACUUUUAAAAUUGUUCAUGGUAACAUGUGUGUCUGUAUGAGAAACUUUUAACAACAAAGAUGUCCUCUAACUCUUUAGAACUUCAAGUUUUUAAAUUAUUCGUGGUGUUUUACGUGUGUCUGUGUGAGAAAUUUAACAACAAAGAUGUGAGCUCCUUGCUCACUCUGACUGAUUAAGCCUUAUCUUGGGUUGCUGGGGCCCCCUGCCUCCGUCUUCUGUACUGGGAGACUUCACUCCAGAGCCUGCAGAGGAGCCCACCACUAUGAAACAAAAAGAAAAGUUUUCUUUAGAGUUCAAAAAACUCUUCACAGAAUACUUUAGAAGCCCUAUAGCAAAAAGCAUAUAAAUAAUUCUGUAUUUUCUAUCAUGUUGUAAAAACUUAGUUAAACUAGAAAUAUGUUCUUUUCACACAUGGAAGUGACAUUUGUGCCCCAGCAAGAGUGGCACAUUGUCUUAGAGGCAUAUGCAGGUGUGCUGAUCUGUACGGAACAGCCCAUUUAAGAUGCCAUGGCAACCAGAAUGUAGGCUGCAACUUAAAGACAUGUUUUGGUGUAGCGCGGAACGGGGAAAGCGCUUAUUUCACCUUCCUGCUUUUCCUACAGAGCCUUUAGCUUCUGCCACCUCUUGGCUUUACUUCCAACUUGAACCUGGGAAAACUGCAGAGUUUAGAGUUUUCUAAACCAUAGAAAAA